GGCGGCGGCGGCGGCGGCGGCGGCGGCGGCGGCUGGGCCUCUUGCGCCCGCAGCCCACCUCUCGGGGGCGGGCUCCCGGCGCGAGCUGGGCUUUCGAGAAGAUGGAGGAGCUGGUGGUGGAAGUGCGGGGCUCCAAUGGCGCUUUCUACAAGGCAUUUGUAAAGGAUGUUCAUGAAGAUUCAAUAACAGUUGCAUUUGAAAACAACUGGCAGCCAGAGAGGCAGAUUCCCUUUCAUGAUGUGAGAUUCCCACCACCUGUAGGUUAUAAUAAAGAUAUAAAUGAAAGUGAUGAAGUUGAGGUUUAUUCCAGAGCAAAUGAAAAAGAGCCUUGCUGUUGGUGGUUAGCUAAAGUGAGGAUGAUAAAGGGUGAGUUUUAUGUGAUAGAAUAUGCAGCAUGUGAUGCUACAUACAAUGAAAUUGUCACAAUUGAACGUCUGAGAUCAGUUAAUCCCAACAAGCCUGCCACGAAAGAUACUUUCCAUAAAAUCAAACUGGACGUGCCAGAAGACUUAAGACAAAUGUGUGCCAAAGAAUCGGCACAUAAGGACUUUAAAAAGGCAGUUGGCGCCUUUUCUGUAACUUACGAUCCAGAGAAUUAUCAGCUUGUCAUUUUGUCUAUCAAUGAAGUCACCUCGAAACGAGCACACAUGUUAAUUGACAUGCACUUUCGGAGUCUGCGCACUAAGCUGUCUCUGAUACUGAGAAAUGAAGAAGCCAGUAAGCAGCUAGAGAGUUCAAGGCAGCUUGCCUCAAGGUUUCAUGAACAAUUUAUCGUACGAGAAGAUCUGAUGGGUCUAGCUAUUGGUACUCAUGGUGCUAAUAUUCAGCAAGCUAGAAAAGUACCUGGGGUCACUGCUAUCGAUCUAGAUGAAGACACCUGCACAUUUCAUAUUUAUGGAGAGGAUCAGGAUGCAGUGAAAAAGGCUAGAAGCUUUCUUGAAUUUGCUGAAGAUGUCAUACAAGUUCCAAGGAACUUGGUCGGCAAAGUAAUAGGAAAAAAUGGAAAACUGAUUCAGGAAAUUGUGGACAAGUCAGGAGUUGUGAGGGUGAGAAUUGAAGCCGAAAAUGAGAAAAGUGUUCCACAAGAAGAGGAAAUCAUGCCACCAAAUUCCCUACCUUCCAGUAACUCAAGGGUUGGACCUACUCCCCCAGAAGAAAAAAAACAUAUCGAUAUAAAGGAAAACAGUACUCAUUUUUCUCAACCUAACAGUACAAAAGUCCAGAGGGUGUUAGUGGUUUCAUCAAUUGUAGCAGGGGAAUCCCAGAAACCUGAACUCAAGGCUUGGCAGGGUAUGGUACCAUUUGUUUUUGUGGGAACAAAGGACAGCAUUGCUAAUGCCACUGUUCUUCUGGAUUAUCACCUGAACUAUUUAAAGGAAGUAGACCAGUUGCGUUUGGAGAGAUUACAAAUUGAUGAGCAGUUGCGACAGAUUGGAGCUAGUUCUAGACCACCACCAAAUCGUACAGAUAAGGAAAAAGGCUAUGUGACUGAUGAUGGUCAAGGAAUGGGUCGAGGUAGUAGACCUUACAGAAAUAGGGGGCACGGCAGACGCGGUCCUGGAUAUACUUCAGGAACUAAUUCUGAAGCAUCAAAUGCUUCUGAAACAGAAUCUGACCACAGAGACGAACUCAGUGAUUGGUCAUUAGCUCCAACAGAGGAAGAGAGGGAGAACUUUCUACGCAGAGGAGACGGACGACGACGUGGCGGUGGAGGAAGAGGACAGGGAGGAAGAGGACGUGGAGGUGGCUUCAAAGGAAACGACGAUCACUCCCGAACAGAUAAUCGCCCACGUAAUCCAAGAGAGGCUAAAGGAAGAACAGCAGAUGGAUCCCUCCAGAUCAGAGUUGACUGCAAUAAUGAAAGGAGUGUCCACACUAAAACAUUACAGAAUACCUCCAGUGAAGGUAAUCGGCUGCGCACGGGUAAAGAUCGUAACCAGAAGAAGGAAAAGCCAGACAACGUGGAUGGUCAGCAACCACUUGUGAACGGAGUACCCUAAACUGCAUAAUUCUGAAGUUAUAUUUCCUAAACCAUUUCCAUAACUCUUAUUCCAUAUUAGAAAACUUUGUUAGGCCAAAGACAAAUAGUAGGCAAGAUGGCACAGGGCAUGAAAUGAAUACAAAUUCUGUUAUGAAUUUUAUUUUUUUGGUAUUGGCCAUAAGCAACAAUUUUCAAAUUUGCACAAAAAGAUACGUUGAAAUUUUGAAACAUUGCUUUUAAGUAUACAUUAGCACUUCAGGGCAGGAUUUUAGUUUGGUUUAUUUUUUAAAGUACUGAGCAGUGAUAUUUUUUGUUAAUUUGGACCUUUUUCCUGCAUCGGGUGAUAACUUGCCGGUAUAUUUCAGUUUUUCUGAAUAAAUAGCAUUUUUAGUAAUCAUAUUACAGUUCUGUUUUCAAUCUCCUAUAGAAGUCCAUGAAAUACUAUGUCAUUUCAUGUCCUGUGUCAGUUUAUGUUUGGUCCACUUUUCCAGUAUUUUAGUGGACCCUGAGAUGUGUGUGAUGUGACGUUUGUCAUUUUCAUUAGCAAAAAAAAAAAAAAAAAAAAAAAAAAAAGUUGUAUGAUCUGUGCCUUUUUUAUAUCUUGGCAGGUAGGAAUAUUAUAUUUGGAUGCAGAGUUCAGGGAAGAUAAGUUGGAAACACUAAAUGUUAAAGAUGUAGCAAACCCUGUCAAACAUUAGUACUUUAUAGAAGAAUGCAUGCUUUCCAUAUUUUUUUCCUUACAGAAACAUCAGGUUAGGCAGUAUAAAGAAUAGAACUUGUUUUUGUUUUUGUUUUGUUGCACUGAAGUUUGACAAAUAGUGUUAUUGAGAGGGAUGUGUAAUUUUUCUGUAUAGACAGGAGAAGAAAUAACUAUCUUUUCAUUUGAGAGAGGCUAAAAUAAAAUGUUUUCAGCUAGGAAUAAAUCUUCCUGGUCGAAAGUUAAUAGGAUAUGCCUGCUCUUUGGCCUGAUGACCAAUUUUAACUUAGAGCCUUUUUUUUUUAUUUUGUCCUCCCCAAGUUUUGUGAAGUUUUUCAUAUUUUAAUUUCAAGGUUAUUUGGGGGAGAUAGAAAGGUCAUUUUCAUGUGUGCAUAAUAAUCCUGUGAAGUACAGGUACUUUGUCUAAAAAAACAUUGGAAGCAGGUUAAAUGUAAGCCUUGAAAUAUGAGCUCUAAUGUAUAAGUGGAAUUGGAAAGCAGACUAGAAUUGGUUAACAAAUACUUCUUUAGUUUUUUUUUUCUUUUGUUUUUUGAUGUGUUGGGUUUUGGUUCUGUUUUUGAGUCUUUUUUAUGAAUGAAAUUUACUGAGGAAAAAUAUGUGAAGGACCUUCACUCUUCAGAUAUUAUAUUUUUCUUAAAAAAUAACUCCAAGUAGGGGUACCACUGAGUCUGUACAGAGCCGUGUGAACCGAAGUUCUGCCUCUGAUGUAUUUUGUGAGUUUGUUUCUUUGAAUUUUCAUUUUACAGUUACUUUUCCUUGCAUACAAAUAAGCAUAUAAAAAUGGCAACAAACUGCACAUGAUUUCAAGAAUAUUAAAAAGUCUUUUAAAAGUAUUGCCAAACAUUAAUGUUGAUUUUUAGUUAUUUAUUCUGGGAAUGUAUAGUAUUUGAAAACAGAAAUUGGUACCUUGCACACAUCAUCUGUAAGCUGUUUGGUUUAAAAUACUGUAGAUAAUUAACCAAGGUAGAAUGACCUUGUAAUGUAACUGCUCUUGGGCAAUAUUCUCUGUACAUAUUAGCGACACCAGAUUGGAUUUUAUGUUGACAUUUGUUUGGUUAUAGUGCAAUAUAUUUUGUAUGCAAGCAGUUUCAAUAAAGUUUGAUCUUCCUCUGCUAAAUUGAUGUUGAUGCAAUCCUUACAAAUGAUUGCUUUUAAAAUUUUAAGAUAGGAAAAGAAAUCUAUAGAAAGUGUUCUGUUACAAAAUGUAACUGUUACCACUGGAAGUUUCACAUGUCUUAGGAAGUUAGCUGUUAUCUACCAACUUUCAAGAACUUGAUCUUGUUUAAUAAGGUGGAAAAAAAAUCAACAAAAUGGUACAAAAGCACAUUGUGCCAUUACAAUAUGCACUAAGUCUCUUUUUUUACAAAGGCUGAAUUCAGCAAGGCGCUAACUUGCUUAAAUGUGAAUUACUAACUUCUAAAACUGUAAUUUGAUUCACAUGUUUUCAAAUGGAGUUGGAGUUGAUUCGUAUUACAAUAUUUGUGUGCUAAACGUGUAUGUUUUUCAGUUCUAAGUCAUGUUUUUAAAAUUUUAUUAAAGUUUCAAAAAUCUGAAGAUUGUUUAUCUAGAUGUAAAUUUUUAUUAAAAAGUUGCACUUAUGAAAAAGCAAAAAAUUAGUCUGACAGAUGUUUGCUCCUGGUCUUAAAUUUCUAAAUAUAACAAAUAUUAGCAGUAUCGGGGGGUUUAUUUAUCAUUCAAAGCAUAUAUGCCUUGCAAAUAAUGUUUUACGUGCCCUUAAAAGGCAAAAACAUAACCACUAGAAAAUGCUUCUCCGUAUUCCCAGUCAUAAUAUUUCAACACGUUAAUUACAUAAGGUGCCACCAAACCAUAUUGAACACACACUCCUGUCUGUGCACACAUAAAUAAACCCUGCCAUUUGAAAAUA